AUGGCAGUUCAUCACGGAGGGAACCACGGGCCUGGCACACAAGAUGCCCCGGAGGAUGAAGAGCCCAGCACAGAGAAAGGAGGCUCUGAGGAGGAAGGGCAGCAAGGAGAAGAGCAAACAGAGGAGCCAGGAGCAGCGUCUGCUCCUGAGGGAGAGGAGGAAAGGGACGAGCAGGGCUCAGAGGAAGAUGACGAGCAAGGAGAGUCUGAGGAAGAUGAACACGGAGAGUCUGAGGAAGAUGGAGGCAAGGAAGAGUCUGAAGAGUCUAAGGAGGAGAAAGAGUCUGACGAAGACGGUGACAGGCCAGAGAACGAAGCUGAAGAGAAUGACAAAGAAGCACCUGGCACUUCCAACAAAAAGAGCCACAGCAAACCAGCAGCUGCUGGCACAGGAGAAGCCAGGGAUGGCCCUGCCAGCUGCCAUCACCCACCCUGUGGGGAUGCAGCAGAAGACCCACCAGCAGCAGUGGAAAACCCACCAAUGGUGAAAGAUCCACCAGCAAAAGAAGACCCACCAGUAACGGAAGACCCACCAACAGCAGAGGAAGACCCUCCAGCAGCAGAAGAUCCCCCUGCAGACAAGACCCCACAGGCAGGAACAGAGGUCCCCAGCACCCCCCCAGCUGAAGCCAAGCCCUGGCACAGCCAGAUAGAAGAGGUUGAAGAUGCCAGCGAGCCGACCAAGCGUGACCGGUCCCACUUGGAGAACACCCUGAAGCUGAAUGAGGAAAAGCCUGCCGAUGAUGUCUCAGGAGUAUUGCAGCGGCUGAGGAAGAUCUACCACUCCUCCAUCAAGCCCCUGGAACACUCCUACAGAUACAACGAGCUGAGGCAGCAUGAGAUCACAGAUGGGGAGAUCACUUCCAAGCCUAUGGUGCUAUUCCUGGGACCGUGGAGCGUCGGCAAAUCUUCCAUGAUAAACUACCUCCUGGGGCUGGACAACACUCCCUACCAGCUCUACACAGGGGCAGAACCCACCACCUCAGAGUUCACUGUCAUCAUGCACGGCCCCAAGCUGAAGACCAUCGAGGGCAUCGUGAUGGCUGCUGACAGCGCCCGCUCCUUCUCACCCCUGGAGAAGUUUGGGCAGAACUUCUUGGAGAAGCUGAUAGGCAUCGAGGUGCCCCACAAACUGCUGGAGAGAGUCACCUUCGUAGACACGCCAGGCAUCAUUGAAAACCGCAAGCAGCAAGAAAGAGGUUACCCAUUCAAUGACGUGUGCCAGUGGUUCAUUGACAGAGCUGAUCUCAUCUUUGUUGUCUUUGACCCCACGAAGCUGGAUGUGGGCUUGGAGCUGGAGAUGCUGUUUCGUCAGCUGAAGGGCCGUGAGUCUCAGAUCCGAAUCAUCCUGAACAAAGCCGACAGCUUGGCUACCCAGGAGCUGAUGAGAGUCUACGGUGCCUUGUUCUGGAGCCUGGCUCCUCUCAUCAACGUCACAGAGCCACCCAGGGUGUACGUUAGCUCCUUCUGGCCUCAUGACUACCACCCAGAUACCCACAGAGACCUGUUCCUCAAAGAAGAGAUAUCGCUUCUGGAAGAUCUCAACCAGGUGAUUGAGAACAGGAUGGAAAACAAGAUUGCCUUCAUCCGCCAGCACGCCAUCCGGGUGCGCAUCCACGCCCUGCUGGUCGAUCGCUAUCUACAGACCUACAAGGACAAAAUGACCUUCUUUAGCGAUGGAGAACUGGUGUUCAGGGACAUUGUGGAAGAUCCUGACAGGUUCUUUAUCUUUAAGUCCAUUCUGGCAAAGACCAAUGUCAGCAAAUUUGACCUCCCUAACCGCGAGGCUUACAAGGACUUCUUUGGCAUCAACCCCAUCACCAGUUUUAAGCUGCUGUCUCAGCAGUGUUCCUACAUGGGAGGGUGUUUCCUAGAGAAGAUCGAGAAGGCCAUCACCCGUGAGCUUCCCGAUCUCUUGGGAAGCAUUGGCUUGGGCAAGAAGCCCAACGUGCUCUCCUGCGACGUCACUGGCUGUGGCGAAACCCCAAAGAAUCGCUACAGGAAACCCUAAGGUGAUCCACAACCCAACUGUCCACGUGUUCCUACUGGUGAAUGAGCUUAUGUCUUAUCUGUCCAAGAAGCCAUGGUUUGUUAACCCUUUGAGUGCCGCGCUGGCAAAGGCUACCAUACGAUGAGGACUUUGAGUCACUGACAUCGAUGGCAGGGGAAGAUGGGUGGGCAUAAGGAAGAGAAUAAAAACUGUGAAUUCCUGACAUUUUAUCUUUGUUCUUUCAAGUAGAAGGCAAUGUUUAAGCUGUAAGUAUGAGCAAUGCAUGGGCAGGACUGCAGCUGCUUUUCCACUGGUGCCAAGACUGCACGAAGAGGAAUUUCAACCUCUGCAUCCCCAAAGCCAUGAGGGACUGAGAACAAGGGCACGGCGUGAGAGCACAGGGGAGAGCAGUGACACACUAACCCACGCAUCACCAGGAGCAUUGGUCAAGGAAAGAGAGGCCAUGUCCCAGCUGUUGUUUUCAGGCACAAACCUGCUACAAAUCUCAGCAAAUAUUGGUCUUGUUUUUAUUUCCAAGACCUCUAGGUCACCUGGUGAGUUAUUUUUUUCACUUGACAGCUCAGUUGAUAUUCUGCAGCCUUCAUGUGGGUGUUUGACUUAAGAAGGAGCAUUUGCAGGGGUGUUUGUAGUUCCAGACUGGCAGCUGUGAUGGGAUUUGCAAGUCCAUGGCAGAGGAAGAAAUGGGGUGGAAAGGAGAAGCCAGAACUGGCUGAGCUGUGCUGGAGGAGGAGGGCCAGCACCCCAAAUCAGAUGGUCCCACAAGGAGAUAUGAGCAGGGUUUCCUUUCCCGGACCAGCACAGAAGAAGGCACCUGAUGCCUACGUGUGUCAUUAACCUCAAAACCCACGUUAGCAAGUGUUGUCUGUGGACCAGCAGGGCUCCAAGGGUGAGGGUGUGGCAGUUUGCCUUUGCUCAAGUCCAUGUUGCUCUUUUCUUAGUCAGCCCUCUGUGUUUUUGUGCUCUGUGGAGGGAGGCAGGAAGGGGGUCCAUUAGCUGUGAAGUUUAAAAGGUCACAUCCCUUUUGCCCACCUGCUGAUCUGUCCUCCCCAGGACAGUCCAGGCAGGUUUCUGGGGCAUGCUUUCCAAACUCCUCCCUUUUUAGCCAUUUGUUGGCUUAUCUCUGAGCAUCGGUGCUCAGUCCUGAAGGAGUAUUGCUUUGGAAGCACCCGAGCAGGGUGAGGUUCCCCAUGGACAGCUGACCUUGAAACUUGGCCCUCAUGGACAGCAUCGCUGUCUGCCAAGCUGAGCCCAAACCAAACAGGAGAUAGAUGUUGUCCUGGAUGGAAAACUGGACCUGUUGAAAGUUCUUCUUCCUGCCAAACACCCACAGCAAGUGCUGCUCUCCAGGAAACCUCUGGAGAAAAGGGACUUAUCUUUAACAGAAGCAAGAGGACAUGGAGAUGCUGGCUAAAGCAAGAAAAAGGCAAAAUGAAUGAAAGAGGGAAAGAGAAAGCUGGAAACAGAACGCUGUGUUGUGAUGGGGAGGGUGUGAAGGGCAUCUCUACAUGUGCAACAGGAUGUGAGCUAUGGCAGGAGGCCUGGGAGAGCUCCAUGUCCCCCAGACACUGCAGUGAAGAGGUCCCCUUGAGUCCAGGUGAGUUUGAGGGGAUGCUACUGCAGGGACUUGAAUAUUCCUGGCCUCUGCUUCAAGGUAGGACUUGACAUUUGAACUAAUGAAGCUGAGACCAAAAUCUACGUCCAAGCACAGGGCAGGGCGUAGCUCAGGAAGAGGGAUUUUGCCUGCAGUGCAAAGGGAGCAGUGGUGCAAGGGAAGGCAAGCAGUGUCAGAGAGACCAGCAGCUAGAGCAGUCUGGAGAGAAGGGAUGUGCUUGUGAGUACUGUGAGGUCUCAAACCUGCCCCAGUGCUGCUGCCCCUCCCUUGCCGUUCCUUCUUUCUUGUCCACGAUCCUGUUGCUCAUCAGUUUUCCUCUCCAUCUGUUGUUCACUCUCCUCUGUUGGACUGGUCUGCAUGUUUUUUUAAGAGCUAAUGGAAUAGAAUCACCAACAGAAACUGGCUGAUGCUGUCACUGUUCUUGCUGUCACAUUGUGUGUCACUGUCACGGAAAGCAAAGGCCUUUAAACAUUUCUGUUUGCAAGCACUGUAUUGCACCAUCUCUUUCCUUGUUCCUCUGUACCCCUAAAGCCCAUGGGGUUUUUACCCCAUUAUGCCCCUUUACCCAGGGAAAGGCCCUCUGUUCCACAAGGAAUAUUGACC